CGGACAGUUGACGACGACAACAACAAAGACUCGAUUGUGUCCCCUACCCGGCUACGUCCUCUCCUUCUCUUUGACGGGACUAAAGUUCACCUCCGUCAUAUGCUGAGACUCCUUGCGCAGAAGCCUCGCAGGUGAAGGACCGCACAUCUCCAACAUGGUGGACUGGGUGAGCUUGGCGAUCCCAUUUGCCUACCUCGGCAUUCUAGUUGGAUCUCUUGCAACAUUUUCCUACCUCUACAGACAGAGGAAAGCAAACAAAGCUGCCUCGUUAGCGCCAUGGUUUGGCCCUCAUCUCCAGCGCAACAUCUAUCUCACACUUCUGCAUCUCGAGCCUGAGAGCACCGGCGAGAAGAAAGGACCUGCUGUUCCGGAGACGGUUUUGAAGGCUGCGCUUCUGCGACGAGCUACAGAAGAUGUACAACGCGUGAUAGCGGUCCGCAACGCCAAGCCUGCACUGACCACAUUGCUGCAGAGGGGCAGCGUCGGUGACGAUCUAUGGCAGCGGUUUUUGCGCGCGGAAAAGGAAAUUGAAGAGGAGCUGCGGGAUGUUAUUCAGGAGGCCAACGCAUUUACUCCCGGCUGGGGCGCAACAAUCUUCCAAAGUGCCAAUGAGAUUCACAACAACCAGACUGUGCGCAAGCGGAUCGAGGAGAUCCAAUCGCAGGCUGCUACCGAGCGCCAAUGGUGGGACAAGAAGCGCGAGAACACUCAGGCCCAAUUCAUGAAGGAACUCGAGAGUGAGAAACCAAGCACACCAAAGGCUAAGCCUACGGAGUCUCCGGCCAGCGGUAGUGUGACUGCGAACCCCAGUGCACCCGAGGCCCCCGCGGCUGCCGCUGCCGCUGCUCCUCAAACUGGAAAUACUGCUGGUAGUGAAGAAGACGCCGUACUUGUUGAAUCCGGCGGGCCUACUAUUGGGGCAGACUCCGCUGCCGGAGGUGGCGCGAAAGCCGGAAAGAAGAAGAAGGGCAAGAAAUGAAUGAAGCAUUUAAAGGUGAAAGGCGCGUUACUUGUGUCUUUUGGGUUUUCUCAUAUCAUUUAGGCUUCGAUUUUAUGGUUUCCUCUAUUUUCCAGUGUAGAUAUUUUAUACUUUUUCUUCCCACAGCAAUCCAAAUCUGCAUAAAUCUAUAUUUGCGAACCCUCUUCACGCCAUGAACCCUUUGUAUCCGUGGCCUGAUGUCUGUCAUGAAGCGGCGAUUGUUUUUCCCGUUAAUUUGAUGUGGUCAUUAUCUGGAAAUUUUCCUUACUGUAGUUAAGGGCAA